AUGCAGUUCACUCUCUCCACCGUCCUUGCUCUGGCUCUGUCCGUCUCUGCUGCCAAGAUGAGCAUGUCUAAGGCCCAGGGAAUCUGCACCCAGGGCGAUGUUGCAUGCUGUGACUCCAACGAAGUUAUCUCCGCCGAUGGCAUCCUCGGCGGCCUCCUCGCCAAGGGUGCUCUCAACGGCCUUCUCGGCAACGAGAACUCUGCCUGCGCCAAGAUCGAUGUCCUCGGCGACGUCAACGUCCUCGCUUCCUCCGAGCACACUGAGACCGGCCCCGUCUGCAAGAGCAUCACUGCCUGCUGCCCUCACGGUGGCGACAAGUGCUCUGCCAUCGAUCCUUCCUCGUAA